GGACAGAGGCAAAGGAGGAGUUUGUAAAGAAUAAGUUGAACAAGAUUCCACCCCCGGAUCAGGGUGGAUUGACUCUGAAGAAAUCACAGAUUAAAAAGAUCAAAAAGGCAGCCUUUCUGGAUGUGGUCAACCUGUUUAUUGAACGUUCCGGCAAGGCGCGUCGUGGCUACAACGAGUUCAUCCUGGCCGCACUUGAACAGAUGAAGGACUAUGAGGUCGCAGACGACCUUGAAGUCUACAAGGCCCUCCUUGAUGUCCUGCCCCGUAAUCGCCUAAAAGCCACUACGUUCCUGCAUGCUGACAUGGGCGCCUAUAAACAGCAGCAGGACACAAUCUCCAAAUUGCUGAUGCAACUGAAUGCUCAUCGUAAGUGCCUCUCCUGCCCUGCCCCCUCUCUCUUUUUGCUGAGGUAA